UGCCGCUGCAGGAGCAGGCUAGGCCGGCACAGCCCUGUUGGAGCCCGGGACAGCACAACCACGUCCAUGGCUCGCACUCCUCGCCGCCACCGGCGCCUGGUCCUGCCGCUGCUGUGCCUGCUCUCCCAGGGCGCCACCGCCCUCCUCUUUGCGAUCUUUGUCCGCUACAACCACGAAACAGACGCUGCCCUGUGGCAUUGGGGCAACAACAGUAACGUGGACAACGAGUUUUACUUUCGCUACCCAAGCUUCCAGGAUGUGCACGCCAUGAUCUUCGUCGGCUUUGGCUUCCUCAUGGUUUUCCUGCAGCGGUACGGCUUCAGCAGCGUGGGGUUCACCUUCCUCGUGGCCGCCUUCACCCUCCAGUGGGCCACACUGGCCCAAGGCUUCCUCCACUCUUUCCACGAUGGCCACAUCCACGUUGGUGUGGAGAGCUUGAUCAACGCUGACUUCUGUGCGGGCGCCGUGCUCAUCUCCUUCGGGGCUGUCCUGGGCAAGACUGGGCCAGCCCAGCUGCUGCUAAUGGCCCUGUUGGAGACAGUGCUGUUCAGUGUCAACGAGUUUAUACUGCUCAGUCUCCUGGGGGUGAGAGAUGCUGGAGGGUCCAUGACCAUUCACACAUUUGGGGCCUACUUCGGGCUGUCCCUCUCACGGGUUCUCUACAGAUCCCAGCUGGAGAAGAGCAGGCAACGCCAGAGCUCGGUCUACCAUUCUGACCUCUUUGCCAUGAUUGGGACCAUCUUCCUGUGGAUUUUCUGGCCCAGCUUCAACUCUGCGCCCACGGAGCUGGGGGAUGGGCAGCAUCGGACAGCUCUCAACACAUACUACUCACUCACGGCGAGCACCCUCAGCACCUUUGCCUUGUCAGCCCUUAUCAGCGGGGAUGGCCGACUGGACAUGGUCCACAUCCAAAAUGCAGCUUUGGCUGGAGGGGUUGUGGUGGGGACAUCUAGCGAAAUGAUGCUGACACCCUUCGGGGCCAUGGCAGCCGGCUUCCUGGCUGGGACUGUCUCCACGUUGGGGUACAAGUUCUUUACGCCUGUCCUCGAAUCCAAAUUCAAAGUGCAAGACACAUGUGGUGUCCACAACCUCCAUGGGAUGCCAGGGAUACUGGGGGCCCUCCUGGGAGUCCUGGUGGCUUGGCUGGCUACCCACGAAGCUUAUGGAGAUGGCCUGCAGAGUGUAUUUCCGCUCGUAGCCAACGGCCAGCGCAGCGCCACAUCUCAGGCCGUAUAUCAGCUCUUUGGGAUGUUUGUCACACUGGGGUUUGCCUCUGUGGGUGGCAGCCUUGGAGGGUUCCUGCUGAGGCUGCCCUUCCUGGAUUCCCCUCCAGACUCCCAAUGCUUCGAAGACCAGGUUUACUGGGAGGUACCUGGAGAGCAGGAGGCUGAGGCCCAGAGGCCUCUGAGGGCCGAGGAGUCAGACACCCAGGCCUAAUUGCUGCCAGCAUGACACUGUCUUCAGAGGAGACGAUGCCUCUCGACAGGCAUGACACUGUCCUUGGAGAAGAUGAUAGUUUCUGCCAAGAGGUCCUUCUCAGCCCUUGUUACUGUUUGGAAGGAAGUCUAGAGCCAGAAGGGGCAUGCCAUCCCUACGCAGGUUCCCAUUAGUUUGCACCUGUGGCCAGAAUAGGCCAAAGCCAGCCCUAGGUGACUGCUACCCCCACCGGCCAGUAUUACCCUGUCCCAGUGACACCUGAACAGGCCCACUCUGGGUGGGAAGCUGGGCGAUAAACAACACCAUCACCAAGGACUCGACACCUCCUGCUUGUGCCUCUUUCCUUUAACUCCCGAGGCCAAAAUCUUGUGGCAGUCAAAGAUCUCAGUGCUGCUGGGCGGUGGUGGCCCAUGCCUUUAAUCCCAGCACUUGGGAGCCAGAGCCAGGCGGAUCUCUGUGAGUUUGAGGCCAGCCUGGUCGACAGAGCAAGAUCCAGGACAAAGCUACACAGAGAAACCCUGUCAAAAAAAAAAAAAAAAGGCUGGAGAGAUGGCUCAGAGGUUAAGGGCACUGGCUAUUCUUCCAGAGGUCCUGAGUUCAAUUCCCAGCAACCAUGUGGUGGCUCCAGACCACCUAUAAUAAGAUCUGGUGCCCUCUUCUGGUGGGCAGGAACACAUGCAGACAGAACACUGUAUACAUAAUAAAUACACCUUUUUUAAAAAAAAAAUCUCAGUUUCUGACAAAGCCUCCUCGGGUCCACAGAACUCUAUCCAGGGUACCACAUCCUACUGGAUAUAUGUCCCAACUAGGUUCAUCCUCUCCAGGGGGCCAUUAUUGUCCAGAAACUCUGUGCUUAUUUUAGCCAGCUAAUGCUACCCCCCAAAUCCUUCGUGGUCCUUCCUUAACUGCUGCUGCCCUGGCCCUCAACGGGCUCCACUUCUGAGCAGAGUAGGAAAAGGCUCACAAGGGCAUCAGAAGGAGUGGCCUGCCACAAAACCUCAGCAGCCAGAGGCAGCCCUUACCUGAUGCCAGUUCACAGUCCUGUCCUGAGUCUGUGGAGCAGAGAACAGGGAAGGUCAUGAGGCUCUGGGCUAUGAAUGAAGGCACCUGGGAUCCUGGUGGCCUAAAUCGUUUGACCACAAGAGGGCACUCUAAAACCAGAGGAAGAUGCCACCUCCAGGUCUCACCUAGGUCCUUCUUGCAGCCUGACCUCCCGAGCUGCAUCAGUGUUGGUCCUCAGACAUCCAUGCCACAGCCUUCCCUGAGGCCCACCCCUUCCACCUGUCAGAUGAUGCCAGAAACUCCAUGUCUCACCCCACUCACAGAGACUUCAUCCCUUCAUCCAAUGGGAGCCCACCAGGACCCCUCUUCAUUCCCUCACAGGACCUGCCAGUGGGCUUCUGGCAAAAGUUGAGCACAACCACAGACACACCUACCUCCUAACUAAGGUCCUUCAGAGCCAGGAACCCAAAGAGGAAGUACAUAUCUUGGACCCCAGCCCUCCGAGAGAGAAGAGAGAGAAAGGCAAAGUUGCCCAGUGUGUUGUGUCCUGGGCUCUCUGGCUUCAGCUGGAGAUUGUGGAGGGACUAGCUCUCCAGGGAACUCUCCUUUCUUCCCUCAGCACCCCUCUCCAUAGUUCCCUGCCCAUUGCUGGCUGAGGAUCCCAGGAUUGAAGCCGAAAGCUCUAAGUCAUUGUGGAAAAGUAGCUGGGAGAACCUGGGCCCAGCUCCGGAUGGGUGAUGGACAGCCAGCUAUCCUGCCCUGCCCCCAGUUGCUGCCCAGGCCUUCCUGGUAAGGGAAAGCUGUGAACAUUCUCUUACUCACGGCUCCAAGAUUUACAUUCUGGCCCUCUCUGCUGCUGGUUCCUUCUGAACUGCAACCAAGCCUUUUCCUCGGGCCUGAAAAUAAACGGGCUCUUCCAACACUGGGUGGGAGAAGCCAUCUCAGUCCUGGAGAAGGGACAUUUGAGCCCUUUUUCAGAUAAUGCAAUUGCUCAGUCAGCUUCUAGUGGGUGAAAGGCUGCCGGUCCCAGGAUGGCCCUGACAAAAGGUCACUGAUAAGAGAGACAAGGUGAGGAUGCUCAUGAGCCACGCCCUGUAUGUCCUGUCACCAGUGAGUUCUAAGUUUCCUCGAUGUCACAAAACCCCCAUGUGCACCAGGACACAAACUCUACCACCAGCCCUGGCACCCUGGUCCUACUGUUCUGGGCACUCCAGCCAGGGCCUAACUCUUUAAAACUACGCCUUUGGUUUGUGUUGUGUGUGUUGUCUUUCCCCUUUUUGCCUUAAAUGCAGGGACACAUGGUGGGUCCUGCAGGGUGUUCUAUUUCAUCCAACCUAGAUUCCAGUGGGGGCUUGAAAGCACAGGAAAGACAGGUCUCUCUGGAGCCCCUGGGCCUCAUCGGCACUGGUCCCCCUCAUGGUGGCCUAUCUAUUCAGGAUGAUCAACAGAUGCCAAGGAGAGGGGCAUGUCAUCCCUCAGGACAAUGAGACUUCUGCUUCUCAGGCCCUGCCCCUCGGAGCAGCAUGCUAUCACUCUCAAUGAAGGACAAGGAGACACUUGCCUGCUCAUGAACUCGGGCGAGCCCCAGUGCCUGAGCCCUGGGAACAAUGCUGGAUCCUCACCUCCUGCCUGCUUCUGGAGACUAGACUGAGGAGCAGGCAGGCUGUUGGGGAGAUGAGGCCAACACAGCCAGAGGCAUCGCAGGAAGUCCCUCAGGAACGCCACUACUCUGGCGUGGCAUACUGUGUGUGCACUACAGCAAGGAUCCAUGUCCAAGGCCAAGACCUUAGGGUGCUCCGGCAGCUGCCCUCCUUGGUCUGGGGUGGGGAGGUUACCUGGCCCGGAGGAACCUGCGACGGGCCGGGCGCAUUGGGAUUCGCGUCACGGCGCGGGCCGCUCCUCG